AUGGAAACACUUGCUGAUGUGUUUUUUGGUUGGAUGUUCUUGGUGACAAAUUCCGAGAUCGUGGACGCGGUUGUCAGAUUCCACGCUUGUUUCUCUAGCAAAACUAGGCCCUACAGCCAAGAGACUGUCUAUGCUAAACGCCUUAGCCUUCGCGCUAAGCAUUCUCCUAUAUAUUUUGUCAACGUCUACAUGAGCAGUAGUAACGAAUGCUUCCCUCUAUUUUUGCUGUUUCUGAGUCACUUCCUCACAACUGUCAUACCAGAGACACCUCAGCAGAUUGUGACAAAAUACAGCGAUUAUAAGGCGAUCUGUAGUGGACUUGGAUAUAGAGAUAGAACAUGUCAAAGCAAAGGUAUUGCAUUUCAAGCUGUGCUCAUCAAGAGUAUCACAAGUCUUGGGGUACAAAAGCCGGUAAUAUUUGAAAAGGUGACUCUAAAUGAAGGUUCGGGUUAUGAUGCUACAACAGGAAAAUUUACAGCCCCGGAGGACGGGCUAUACUCCUUCAGCUGGAAUGUGUUAGUUCUUUCAGGAAAAGCUUUUCACACAGAGAUUGUCAAAGAUGGUAAAAUGGUCGCCCGAAAUUACGCCGAUGGGAAAAUAGUUAAGAGUGGUUUGUACCUAGCAAGUUCCUCCACAGUUAAUAUCAAGUUGAAAUCAAAAGAGAAAGUAUGGAUCAGAGUUCAUUUAAAUUUUGGUCAAUACGUGUAUGGUGAUCACUGGUCUUACUUUUCUGGUUUUAGGAUAAACUGAUCCAAUUUUUAUCACAUUCGAUGCAACAUGAAAUGUAAAUUAUU